ACUCGCGCAAAAUCUGCUCCGCUUCCAGUGUUUCACCGAACCAGCUGACUAAAACAGCGGAUUCACGACCAAGCAAAACUCGAAAAUGGGUUCAAUCCCGCUCUCGCUGCUGAUCCUAGUAACGGUGACGACGACGGCAACGACAACGACGACGACGACGACGACAACCCCGUUGAUGACGAUGAGCGGUAGCGUGGAUACAGCGGAGAUCAGCAACUACCAGCCUACCCACCGACCGCUAACUCUGCAAGACGAACUGAACCGCAUGUACGUGACGCUGAGCAAGUUGAGUCACCACACGCAGCCGGACAUCAGGCGAACGGUUUGCAUCGUUCCCAUCGAGCGGGAACCGGUUUGCGGCAGCGACGGACAGACCUACGCCAAUCGCUGGCUGAUGGAGUGUACGGCACUGGCGAAUAGGUCCAGGAUCGCUGAGAUUACGACUGGUAAAUGCGAAGCUGUGUGAAGGUUGGUUUGUUUUGGAUGUUGACAAUUGUUGGCCAAAAUGGAGAAGUUUGAAGUGUUUGGAAAUGGAAUAAGUGCUGAAAUGGAUCGGAUUCACACCGUUAAUAAACUCAUCGAAGGCGUCAUUUCAGAUUUUUUUUCUCUUAUGUCUCACUGAACCUUGACUCAAGCGAAUCGUAGCGACACCUGCGGAGAAGUCAUACUGGAGCCCAUCUUGGGUAUGAAUCAUUUCAAUAUCAAAUUACCAACAAGAUUGCUCGUAAAUCAGUUCUUUGAUGGAUAAUGAGAAUCAUAGACCUGAAUAUUUAAACACAAUACAAA